AGCGCUGGCCUUGUGUUUAGAUUUAGAUUUAUCGGAAGAAAAAUAUAAUAGACUACGCAAAGUUGCUAACAAUAUACAUGCGGAUUUUUUCCCAAGCACGUAUGCGUUAAACCAAUUAAAACAAAGUUUAGUACCACAUAUAGAAGCGACGGAAACUUCAGCAGAAGUUAAUUUAAAGGCUCUUGUACAUAUUACAUCCAAACACAUCUUAGAAGUUUGUGCAGACAAACACCCAGUGGGCAAACUUUCACUUAUAUGUAAAUGGGGAAUGGAUGGCAGUUCUGGCCACAGUCGAUAUAAGCAAAAAUUCUCCGCGGAAGACCUCUCAGAUGAAUUUAUUUUCGUAAUUGCUUUGUUACCACUUAAGCUCAUCGAUUCCUCAUCAGGUAAUGAAAUAUGGGUCAACCGAACUCCCUCUUCUACGCUGUUCUGUAGACCAGUGAAAUUCGUUUAUACGAAAGAAGGAAAGGCGUUAAUUCAUUCAGAAUAUAAUAAAAUAAUUCAGAUGAUUAAUGAUUUGGAAUGUGAUAUUUUUAAAAAUAAGAAGGGAAUUGCUGAAGUUUCCUACAUCAUGCAUUGCACUAUGAUUGACGGUGCAAUCAUUAUAAAUUUGGGUUAUCAACCCUCCAUUGCUGGAUUCGAUUCUUUGAAUGUCUAUUACACAUAG